AUGAACCAACAAACCACCCCCGUAUCUUCUACUCCAAGACGUCCAGCAAGUGAUAGUUUUGACAAUAGUGGCGGAAAUCGUAAUCGUCUAGCAAAACAUUCAAGAAACAAUGAUCAUCCACCUCAUUAUGAACCAAUUGACCAACAACAUCAUCCUAUACUCGCUCCUCAUCAUCAUCAACAACAUGCCUUUAAUCUGAACAUUCUGAAACAUGCGGUUUCCAACAACUUGCCGAGUUUCUUUAUUAUAUUCGAUUCAUCUAUUGAUCCUUCCAGUAUUCCGUCAAGUAUACAAGUUGCUAUCAUGCUCAAGAAAUUAUUUACAAAUAAUCAAUUACCAAUUAAAGAUCUGUCUAUGUGUGUACAAGCCGGUGCUCGAAGAUUUAAAUUCGCUGUAAGUGACAAGGCAGAUUUUUUAACUUUAUUCAAUGGGACUUGGCCCCUUGAAAUCGAAGAUAAAAAGUUUGAAGUUAUCAAGCCUCGUUCAUUGCCAGAUUGUCUUGCUCUGGUAGUACGAUAUGUUCCUUCAGAUAUUAAACAAGAAACUGCCCGGCAACAAAUUUUAAAAGCAAUUCCAGCUGCAGUUGGGUUUUCAACUAUAAAUUAUCGUCAUCGUCAAAAUUCAUUAUAUGAUAUUCGUUUUAAUGUACGUAGUCUAGAACAAUAUCAAACUGCACCUGAUCUUGGUAGACUAGCUAUUGGACACCAUUAUCUACCACUAACAAGUUUCUUUAGUGGCUAUCGAUUAACUUAUUGUACAGCAUGUUGGAAAAUUGGUCAUAUGAGAAUAAAAGGCACUAUUUUGACCGGUGAUUUCAAUGUAACUUCAGAUGAAUGGGGCACUCAUUCGACUGAUAAACGUGGUGUUCUUUUGUAA